AUGUCUGUUGAAGAAGUAACCGCCGACACUCCUCAACCCCCACCUACCUCCACCACCGCCAGCAAUGCCGCACCGUUAGGAUCCUCCGUGAUCCCCAUCGUCAACAAGCUCCAAGACAUAUUCGCUCAACUCGGAAGUCAGUCUUCGAUCGAGCUUCCUCAGGUAGCCGUCGUCGGGAGCCAGAGCAGUGGCAAGUCCAGCGUCCUCGAAGCACUCGUCGGACGAGACUUCCUCCCUCGUGGAAACGAUAUCUGCACGCGUCGCCCUCUCGUCCUCCAGCUCCUCCAGACCAAAAGCAAGUCCAAUGGCGGAUCCGAUGACGAGUGGGGAGAGUUUCUCCACCUCCCUAACAACCAACGUAUCUAUGAUUUUUCGGAGAUUCGUCGCGAAAUCGAGGCUGAGACGAAUAGAUUAGCAGGAGAGAACAAAGGUGUAUCAGCUAAACAGAUUCGUUUAAAGAUAUAUUCACCUAAUGUAUUGGAUAUCACGCUUGUGGAUCUACCUGGUAUCACCAAGGUGCCUGUGGGUGAUCAGCCAACUGAUAUUGAAGCACAAAUAAGAACAAUGAUAUUGUCUUACAUUAAGCAACCUAGCUGUUUGAUACUGGCUGUUACUCCCGCAAAUUCCGAUUUGGCGAACUCAGAUGCACUUCAAGUUGCAAGAGCCGCCGAUCCUGAUGGUCACAGGACAAUAGGUGUUAUCACGAAGUUGGAUAUUAUGGACAAAGGUACUGAUGCUAGUAAUCUACUUCUUGGGAAAGUUGUUCCUCUACGGCUUGGAUAUGUGGGAGUGGUAAACCGUUGUCAGGAGGAUAUUUUGCUAAACCGUUCAGUCAAGGAAGCUCUUAGCGCAGAAGAGAAAUUCUUCCUGAGUCGUCCAGCUUAUCAUAGUCUUGCUGAUCGUCUGGGCAUCCCUCAGCUAGCGAAGAAGUUAAAUCAGAUUCUUGUUCAACAUAUCAAGGCUCUACUUCCUGAUCUGAAGUCGCGCAUAAGUAAUGCUUUGGUUGCUACAGCUAAGGAGCAUCAGAGCUAUGGUGAAAUUACAGAAUCCAGUGCCGGCCAAGGAGCUCUUCUCCUCAACUUCCUUUCAAAAUAUUGUGAAGCUUACUCUUCAUUGCUGGAAGGGAAGAGUGAAGAAAUGUCAACAUCCGAGCUCUCCGGAGGAGCAAGAAUUCACUACAUUUUCCAGUCAAUCUUUGUCAAGAGUUUGGAGGAGGUUGAUCCAUGCGAAGACUUGACAGAUGAUGAUAUUCGGACUGCAAUCCAGAAUGCAACUGGUCCGAGAUCCGCAUUAUUUGUUCCAGACGUUCCAUUUCAAGUUCUUGUUAGGAGGCAGAUAUCUCGUUUGUUAGAUCCUAGCCUUCAAUGUGCUAGGUUCAUUUUUGAUGAGCUCGUGAAGAUUAGCCAUAGAUGUAUGAUGAAUGAGUUACAGCGCUUCCCGGUCCUGAGAAAGCGCAUGGAUGAGGUUAUCGGGGAUUUCCUGCGAGAAGGUCUUGAACCCUCAGAAGCAAUGAUCGGAGAUAUCAUUGAUAUGGAGAUGGAUUACAUAAACACUUCACAUCCAAAUUUUAUUGGUGGAGCAAAGGCCGUAGAGGAAGCCAUGCAACAAGUUAAGUCUUCUAGGAUUCCCCAUCCUGUGGCACGACCAAAGGAUACAGUGGAGGCUGACAGAACAUCUUCUUCUUCCGCAAGUCAAGUGAAAUCUCGAUCUUUUCUCGGCAGACAAACUAAUGGAAUUGCUGCUGAUCAGGGAGUUGUAUCGUCAGAUGCUGAAAAAGCUGCACCAACCGCAAAUGGGAGUGAUUCAAGGUGGGGUCUCCCUUCCAUUUUUCGAGGGAGUGAUAUUCGGGCAGUUACCAAAGAAAACUUCUUAAACAAACCAUUGAGUGAAGCUGUUGAGGAUAUGUCUCAGAACUUAUCGAUGAUCCAUCUUAAGGAGCCCCCAGCUGUCUUGAGGCCAAUCGAAACCCAUUCCGAACAGCAAGCAGUCGAGAUUCAGAUAACAAAGCUGUUACUUAAAUCAUACUAUGACAUUGUGAGGAAGAACAUUGAGGACUCAGUACCAAAAGCAAUCAUGCAUUUCCUGGUAAACCACACGAAACGUGAGCUGCACAAUGUCUUCAUCAGGAAGCUUUACAGGGAGAACUUGUUUGAGGAAAUGCUCCAAGAGACAGAUGAGAUAGCAGUUAAGAGGAAACGCACUCAAAAGACUCUCCAUGUUCUUCAGCAAGCUUACAGGACACUAGACGAGUUGCCUAUGGAAGCAGAAUCAGUGUGCAGUCGUGAUACGGAUGCAACAGGUGUGUCAAAACAUCUGGACUUGCCGACUUCUUCUUCGAAGUAUUCCACGAGCAGUUCAUAUUCUGCAUCUCCAGGUACAGGAAGAAGAUCUAGAAGAGCAGGAGAUCAACACCAAAACGGAUACGGAUUCUGA